ACUCUAUCCCUCAAACACAAAUCAAAAUGGCCAUCGCUCCUAUUACCGGCAUGUUCAGAAGGCAGUUGAUCAAGGACUUGUCCAUCUGCUUUGGACUUGGUAUUGGUGGUGGUUACUGGUGGUGGUACGGAUACCAUGUUCCUGCUGUUCAGCACCGUGACGCUUACUACCGUAAGCUCGAGGCCGAGGGUUUGGAGUAA